GGUGAGUGUAUGCGCGUGUAUAUGAGCGCUUGUGUCUGUACUGAUGUUAAAAAAAAUCUCGCGAAAGCAAACCCUAGCGCUCUCGCGAAAAGCUCCUCGAUCCAUCGCCAUGGCUUCCGACGUCCUGCGCCUCGACGGCAACGGGAACCCGAGGACGCUCCGCCUCUUCGCGUCGCUCGUGGAGGCCGAGUCCCGGCCCUUCGCCGCCGCCUCCUCUGAGCCCGCGGAGAACGACCUCGUCCGGGCGUUCCGCGGCGGCGCGACCCCGGCCGUCCCCAUCGCCGAGUUCCUCGAGCGCCUCCAGCGCUGCAACUACUUAUUUGAUGGCGGCGUCUACGUCCUCGCGGCGGCGUACCUCGCGCUCUUCAUGCGCAGCCCCGCCGCGCUCGAGGCCGGGAUCGUCGUCGAGCCGGCCACCGCGCACCGCCUGGUUUCCGUGGCGGUCCUGCUCGGCGCUAAGUUCAGCAGCCCGAGGUACUACGAGAGGCGGGUGGAGUCGUUCCAGGUAUGCUCGGGCGAGUCCAUCCGGUCGAGCGAGCUGUGCCCGCUGGAGCUGAUGUUCCUACGCGCCCUUGACUACCGCGUCUUCAUCGCCGACGAAGAAUUCUGGCGCUUCUUCAGGAUCCUGUUACGCCAUCCAGCUCCAGCGCGUAGCGUGGCUUGCGCAGCGAAGAAGAGGAAGGCCGAGGAGGAGGUGGAACCAUGCCGCGUGCGAGCUUGCCAGCUAGCCGCCCGCUACGGCAUCUCAGGAUUCAACCAGAGCUAAGUUCUCAAUUCUCCCUCUCUCAUUAUUGCAUCCUUGAUUUGUUUCUUGCAUUGCAUUUGAAUCAUGUCAGUCAGGAACUCAGCACGCUUUCCUUCUGUCGCUUACUUGGUACUACUUACUGUCGUUUCUGUGUUUUCAAUGGAGGUUGUUUCCAGUGGAGAUCCAGCAGAGGAAAGGAGUCAGAGGACGAGAAGCCAGCUCACAGCAGUCGCUGGAGAUCAAAUGUUCGCCUAAAUAUCAAGUCUGUCAGAUUGAGUAUGACAGUGUUAGUCGAGUCCAUUGUUGUCGUCUAGGUCUAGUCUUGGCUAAGAAGUAGCAUGUUACAGUCAGUUAGUCAUUACUCCCUCGGUCCCAAAAUAAGUGUCGCUGAUUUAGUAGUAAGUUAGUACUAAAACUGUGACACUUAAUUUGGAAUUGAGGGAGAGUCCUAUGUAAGAUUUUUUCGAUAUCAAUAAAGAGUAUUCGAUGUUUUUGCA